AUGAGUAAUCUAUUUAGUUUACCAUUUUCAUUUUCUGUAUAUUCACAAACAUUAAAAAAUUUAUUACAACAUCGAAUUAAUAUUCAAUUAAAUUCAAAUGAAGAUAAAUGGUCAGAAAAAGCUAUUAAAGGUUUAAUUAAACGUUUAACAAAAACAUCUAUGAUUGAUGAUUUACAAAUAGCAUUAGAUAGUAAAAAUUCACAAACACGUUGUGUUACAAUUCCAAGAGAUGCACAAAUUAAAUUAGUCGAACCAAAUCCAUCAUCAACAAUACGAAAAGCAUUUAAUGAUAGAACACCAGUUGUAGCUUUUUGUCGUAUAUGGCGUUGGCCAGAUUUAAAUACACAUCUUGAAUUACGACCUAUUGAAACAUGUUCAUAUGCAUUUCAACAUGAUAAAGAUCAAAUAUGUGUUAAUCCUUAUCAUUAUGAACGAGUUGUUGCACCAUUUAUUCCACCUGUUUAUGUAUCAGUUUUGGAUCGAGCUAUAUUUAAUUCAACAACUAGUGAACGUCAACAAGAACAAUUAGAUUCAAAUAUUUCAAUGGAUUGUUCAUCAUCUGAUCAACAACAUACAGCUGUAAAUAGUCCAGUAAAUUUACAAGAUAAUUCUGAAGCCAUGACACCAAUACCACUACCAACAACAGCAAUAUCUUAUGUUGAAACACCAGUUUGGUGUUCAAUACUUUAUUAUGAAUUAAAUCAACGUGUUGGUGAAACAUUUCAUGCAACACUUAAUUCACUUGUUAUUGAUGGAUUUUGUGAUCCAAAUGCAUCCGAUAGAUUUUGUCUUGGAUCAUUAACAAAUGUUAAUCGAACAUAUGAAAGUGAAACAUGUAGAAAAAUGAUUGGUAAUGGUGUAAGACUUUAUUAUAUUGGUGGUGAAGUUUUUGCUGAAUGUCAUUCUGAUUCACCAAUAUUUGUUCAAAGUCCAUGUUGUAAUCAACGUUUUCAAUGGCAUCCAGCAACAGUUUGUAAAAUACCACCACGUUGUAAUUUAAAAAUCUUUAGUAAUACAGAAUUUGCUCAAAUAUUAUCUGAUACAGUGCAAUAUGGUUAUGAAGCUGUUUAUAAUCUUACACGAAUAUGUGCUAUUCGUAUGAGUUUUGUUAAAGGUUGGGGUGAAGAAUAUCGUCGACGUACAAUAAUGAGUACACCAUGUUGGGUAGAAAUUCAUCUUAAUGGUCCAAUGCAAUGGUUAGAUAAUGUUCUUCAACAAUUACCAGCACUGGGUAAUAAAAAUUUAACAAUGGUUAAUGUACCAAAAACACGUCGUACAUUUUGUAAAGGAAAAAAUUGCAAAAAACAUACAUUACAUAAAGUAUCACAAUAUAAAAAAGGCAAAGAUAGUGUACAUGUUCAAGGUAAACGACGUUAUGAUAUGAAACAAAAAGGUUAUGGUGGACAAAAAAAACCUGUCUUUCAUAAAAAAGCUAAAACAACAAAAAAAAUUGUUCUACGUAUGGAAUGUACGGAAUGUAAAUUUAAAAAACAAUUAGCUAUUAAACGAACGAAACAUUUUGAAUUAGGUGCAGAAAAAAAGAAGAAAAAUCAAGUUAUCAAUUAUUAA